GUUACCCUCGUUUGCAACUGUCUGCCACGCUCGACACACCCAACAUGCCGUCCGGGACUAUGAAGGCUCUCUACUACCAUGCUCCUGGUAACUUUGAGAUUAAGCAGGUCUCGAUCCCCCAGGUCGGUCCCGACGACGUCUUGCUGAAAGUUUCUGUCUGUGGCGUUUGCGGAACAGACGCGCACAUACACGACGGUGAAUUCAUCUCGAAAUUUCCGCUCAUCCCCGGACACGAAGCAAUUGGGAAGGUCGUCGAAUUGGGCUCAAAUGUAAAGGGCUUCGAAAUCGGUGACCGCUGCGUGGCUGAUGUCGGUAUUACGUGUGAUAACUGCUUCUUUUGCCGCCGCGGCCAAAGCCUCUUAUGUGAAGACUUCAACGCUCGCGGCGUCACUCAGGACGGCGGAUUCGCCGACUACAUUGUGUACAAACAAAAUAAGCUCUACAAAAUCAAGAACCUUUCAGACGAGGACGCAACCUUGCUUGAGCCAGCUGCGUGUGCCCUGCACGGGCUUGACAAGCUUUCGCCUCCCGUUGGCAUCGAAGUGCUCGUUCUCGGCGCCGGACCUACCGGGCUUAUUCUGGCACAGCUGCUCAAGCAAAAUGGCGCCUUCCGAGUCGUGAUAGCGGCUAACAAGGGUAUCAAGAUGGACAUUGCAAAGCAGCUUGAAUGCGGGGAUGAAUAUAUCGAACUUGACCGUGCGAAUCCCGGACCUCAAUGGGAGGCACUCAAGAAGGACAAUCCUUAUGGCUUUGAUGUUGUCGUUGAAGCAACUGGUGUUGAGAAGCUUGCGAAUGAAAGCAUUAACUAUGUGCGCCGUGGCGGCACGCUCAUGAUUUACGGUGUCUACGAGAAUAAGGCAUUGGUGCACUGGCCUCCAAGCAAGAUUUUUGGAGAUGAAAUUAGAAUUAUUGGCUCGUUCUCGCAAACGUUCUGCUUCCCCCGUGCGGUUGCCUACUUGGACAGCGGCAAGAUUCGCACAAAGGGAAUGGUGACUGACGUAUUCCAGUUGGAGAACUACCAGCAGGCACUCGACAAGAUGAACAGCCGCGGCGCACUUAAAAUUGCUAUUAAGCCCUGAUCUCAGGCACGACAUUGACAGGUCGCUGCGAAGUCGGAAGCUGGAAUUCGUUGUCCGCGGCAGAUAAUAAGUUAAAUAACAAAUGUUGCUCAUUCGGGAUUCGGGGAUAUGUCAAAUCUCGGUGUGAUAGAGGAGUGUGUAGCUAUACCAGAAGUUGUGUAUCAGAUAGCGGUCGAAUGUUGAAAGACAAAUUAAAUAAAGUCGC